CUACUCCAAAAUCAAAACUUUCUCUCUCUUCCUCUCUCAUGGCAUUAUGAAAGUUCCAAACUUUAUGAUCUCAUUGAAGUGAUUCUUAAAAACCCAUUUAAGGUUUCCUCUCUUGAUCAUAAUUUCUUCAUCAUGAACAGUGCAAUGAUCUAAAUCUUGCUCUUUUGCUUCCUGUUUUUAGGUUUUAGAAAAGCUCAAUAGGAAUAAGAUAUAUCAGAGCUUUAGCAGAGUCUCCUGUCAUGGCUGCUUCCGUUCAAGAAUUUGACACCUCAAAUCCGGCCACUCCAACCACCCUCACCACUGCCACCGGCGCCAUUAACCACCCUACAACCCUCUCCAUCACCACCACAACAAACAUGAUUCCUAUGGCAUCAUCCUCAUCUUCAUCCUCCCCAUCAUCAUCAACCUCCCCUUCAACUCUGAGUCGCUAUGAGAACCAGAAGCGCCGGGAUUGGAACACUUUCGGACAGUACCUCCGCAACCACCGCCCUCCCCUCUCCCUCUCCCGCUGCAGCGGCGCUCACGUGCUGGAGUUCCUCCGCUACCUCGAUCAGUUCGGGAAGACCAAGGUCCACACCCAGCUCUGCCCCUUCUUCGGUCACCCCAACCCUCCUGCUCCUUGCCCCUGCCCUCUUCGCCAGGCCUGGGGUAGCCUUGAUGCCCUCAUUGGCCGCCUACGCGCCGCCUUUGAAGAGCACGGCGGCAAGCCUGAGGCUAACCCUUUUGGAGCUCGUGCUGUUAGGCUCUACCUCCGUGAGGUUCGAGAUUCCCAAGCCAAAGCCAGAGGCAUCAGCUAUGAGAAGAAAAAGAGAAAACGCCCUCCUCAACCUCACCCUCCUCCACCGCCUCCUCAUGGCAAUCAGUAAGCUACGUGAUCAAAUCCCUGCAUGGCACCAUCUACUCUACUCUCUCUCUUUUUCUUUUCUUUUUUAGCGUAACACUGGGCGGACCAGAUCUCAAACUCGAACCUUGAUCAACAAGGGAGGAGCAAACCCUUAGCAGCAAGUCAAAGCUGAAAAUUGGGUUCCAAUCUUCCCUUUGUUAUUAUGUUAAGUACUAUUUCCUGCACUAUUAUUGAAAUCAGAUGAAUGCCCCCUACUCCUUUAAUAUGAUGAAUACAGUAAUUGUUUUACUAAUAGUAGUAGCUUUUAUGUAAUGGAGAUCUGUUUGUCAUAAGCAUGUUUCUCUUUGCAAUGGAAAAAUAUGCACUUGUAUAUGACAAGUAAAAGAUUUUGCAUAUCAUGUUCUGUCCUUUCUUUCUUUAAAUUUCUUCCAAUUUUAUAAUAAGAAUUGGCAAAUCACUUCACUUCAGGCACUGAAAAGGGUUUGGAAGAAUCAUACAUUUUUGUCAGGGAAGGAGGGGAAAGCACUGUUUAGACCUGCUCAUUUUUAGUAUUGUCUAUGUUCUUUCUUCAUCUUUAAAGUUUGCUUCUUGCAGCUGCUUUCCUUCCUGCUUGAUCAAUGAUAUCAGCAUGUAUUUUUGAGGAGCAGAAAAGCUCAUCAAACAUGCACUUUCUUGUGCUAGGGACUGUGCCUUUAACCUAUAGUAAUAUAUAUAAUCUUUUCAG